AUGGGGAAUUCUCCUUCUCAGAUUCGCCCGCACCGCAGUCCCUCGCUCCGCGCGCAUCGGUCCCGCAGCAACAGCCAGAGUGGCAGCGCCUUACCCCCAGCCGCUCCACAUGCCUCGGCCAAACCGCCGGCCCCUCUCUCCUCCUCCGCUACCGAUUUCCGCCCUUCCUCUACCGCCCGCCGCCUCUUCCGCCCCUCGUUGUCGUCCAAUGACGCGCAUACUGUUGCCGACCACGGAAGACGGGCCUCCACCGGAUUGAACACCCCCGUCGCCCGCUCGUCGUCCACGGGUGACGCAGUCGAGGGCUCGCGGACGACGGCGAGAUCCGCGGAGAAACCGCUCCACGGCGCGGAGCUAGGCGCGAGCGCAAAGCGGCGCAACUCUGCGUGUUUUCCGCGCGAGGAAGCGGGGAAGGCAGCCGCACGUGGCGGCGCGCAGGAUAAGCCGUUCAAAGAAGGCGCCAUUGCCGAAACGAGCAGGCUACGAACAGGAGGGUCAGGACGUACAGACGGGGAAGGGCCGUUAAGCCCUAACCGCUACGAGCAGCUGCUCCCGCUCCUCACGGGGCUUACGGAGGGGGACUGGUCGGCUCUGCAGCAUUGGGCGGAGAGUGGAUGGCGGUGCGUCGAGUGCGGGGCGAGUCGACCCGUUGACGUCACAUUCACUCCCCGCGUCGCCUCCCUCCUCCACCUCCUCCGCGCGCUCCCCGCGCCCCCCGCCCUCGCCCCGCUGCCCGCGCCCCCGUGCGCGCACUCCCUCUCCGCCUCCCCCUGCACGUCCGCGCGCAUGUCGGUCUGGGACCGCCAGGCCAGUCUAGACUCUUCCUUAAUCCCCACCACGCCGCAACAUGCGCUCGAGCGGCAAGAGAGUCUUCCCGCCAGAAGCGGGACGGCGGGGCUGAGGUUUGUUAACGGGCAGCUGAGCAACUGUCCGGGGCAGGUAGAAGGUUCCAGGCGGAGGGAGGCAAUACCGCGCAGGCACUCCGCUUCCGCCGGGCCGUCGAGCGCGCUCCCCUCGCCCAUCGCUGCGGACUCUGCGCAAGGUGCGCGGGUUGAAGGGUAUGCGGAUUUGAGCGCCGUCGUUCACCCUUGCGCCAGCGACGCCGCCGCCGCCGCCGAUGGUCAUUGCGGGAAUUUGAUCACCACCGCAAGCAGCAAUGCAAGCGCCAUUAGCGGCGCCGCCGACGCGGCUGCUGCGGUUGCUGCUGGUGCUGCCAUUACUGCUGGUGUAGGGGGCAAUAAUGUCACUUCCGCGGCCGGUGCAGCAACGGCCGUUGCGGGGCGGGAAUCGCGCAGCAGCAGCGCGAACCUUCACCGCAGCCGCAGUCUCACCGCGCGCAAGCGCCGCCCGCAUCCCCCGUUCGUCGUCGUCCCCUCGCCGCCGCGCACCGCCACCCCGCCCAGGGGGACCAUUACCCCCGCCUCCGCGCGGCCCGCGCCGGCUACCACUCCCGGGCUGAUUAACGUCUACAUUAGUAAUAGGAGUAGCGGGCUUGCGCGUAACACUCCUGCGGUCACUCCUGCGGGCUCCGCCCAUGCCGCGGCCGGCUGCGCGCGGGGGCGGAGCUGGGAGGAGAGCGCGGAAGAAAGCAUGGGGGAAGAGGGGUUGCGCGGAAGGGGAGCGGCAGGCGCGGAGGAUGACGGCUUGCUAACGCUCCCGCUACCGCCGCUGAAUGCAGCGGAAUUGAAACAACUGAGCGGAAGAGCUGGUGGGGGGGAACGACUCAGCGGCAGAGGCGCGCGGAAGGACGUGCAGGAAUGGGAAGUGAGCGCGCAGAGUGACGUCAUUCCCGCUACACAGUCCCUGGUUUCGACUGUAAGCCAGAGCAACAAUCACGGCGCCAGUCACGGCGGCAGUCACGGCACCACCACGCAUCUCCUCCGCUGGGCUUCAAUUGGCACGCUUCACUCCGCUUUCGGCAGCGGCGCCGGGCAGUCCGCCGCCUCUGCCAGCAGCCCCGUUAAGCUGCGGCGGAGCAAGAGCCGCGGAAAGGGCAGGACGGGGAGCGGGCGGCGGAAGGGGGAGUCCGCGCGGGUGGAGGAGCAGAGUCUGGGCGGAUGCGCAGCGAGCGCAGCGCGCCGAUGCCAUUCUGUGGAGGAGGCGCCGGCGGCAAUCGCCGCGGCGGCGCACGGACGCGACGAGUCGGGAGAGAAUGGAAGCGCAGGGUUUCCACAAGGAAACGCGCGGGAGCGUGCAGUAGCGGAAGGGAGCGCGAGCGCGAGCGCGCGCGGAUGGCAGGUGGAGGACUUAUUUGGAAUGCUCGCGGAACCGCUUGUGGCUGGCGCUACAGGUUCCGCCAACGGCGCUGGCGCGGACCCGGCGCUCUUCCGCCGCCCGUCGCUUUCCCGCGCGGCAAUCGCCCGCUCCGCCAGCUGCUCUCACUUCGACUCGUACCUGUCCGUCCCCCCGCCGUCCCCCGCCACCGUUGCGCCUCUCCCGCCAGCUUCCGCCGCGCAAGCCCCGCCGGUUUCAAUUGCUGCUGCCGCCGCCUUUGCCGCUGCGGCUCGUGACUACGGCGCCGCGCCGGCUGCAGUAGGAAACGCCGGCGAUUGUGGAGGGGGACGCGGCGGUUAUAGCGCGAGCAGCGGUGGCGGAGUGUUCCUGUCCUCUUCCGCGCACUCCUCUCCGCCCUCCUCCUCGUCGUCUUCCCCCGAGUUUCCCCCCAGCACCUGCCUUGCGAUGCCCUCCCGCCGCGUGCUCCCCGCGUUCCUGCGCACGUGCGUCGUUCCGCGCGCCAUGGGCAGAGUUCCGUUGCCGCUCCCCCUGCCCCUCGCGGAACCGCUGGAGAGAGAGUUCCGAGCCAACGAGCGCGCGUUCUUGCGCACCGUCGCCAGCGUUGAAGCCGCCGCGAUCGCCGCCGCCGCCAGCGACGGCACCGGUGACGCGUCUGCUGAAGCUGCUGACGCAUGUCGUCGCGGCGGUAGCGGCGGCGACGGCGGUUUCUGCAGCGGCGGUGACGGCCGAGAGGAAGAGGAGAGGGGCCGUGAGGAGUGGCGCAUGUGGCGCGCGAGCCCGCCUGUAGGCGCCUCCCCUGCCUCUCUUCCCUCCCCCGCCUCUUCCUCCUCCCGUCGACCAAUCACCAGAGCCGCGUCCUCGCCCUUCCUCUCCUCCCUCCUGCUCCACCAGCGGCAGCUGGGGCGCCAGAGCAGCGGGCUGGGCUGCAGAGAGGAGGGCAUGGGCGGGCACGGGCAGCAGCAGCAGCAGCAGCAGGGUGGGGUUUGUAGCUUUGCGGAAGGGAGACCAGUUAAUAUGAUUCCCAGGCAAGCAUCCACACAGCCCAACACGCCCGUGCAUCCAAUGCAGGGUAACCGCACGCCACCCCAUGCUGGCACGCUCGCGCAUAAGCGUUCACACUCGCAGGCUGCUGCUGGUGCCGCUGGUGGUCCUGCUGGUGGUGCUGCUGGUCGCUGUAGCUCCCACUCCCACACCCCAUCUCCGAGCUUUAUUCGCACUGUGGGGGGCACGGAUGGCAGGGGCAGCAGAGAGGCGCAGGGGGGAGGAGGGCAGGGACUGCCACGGGGAGAGGGCGUGGGGCUACUGCCGCUACACGCACAUGCAUCCAAUGCCGCUGACCCCACCACCCUUCCCCCUCCUCCUCCUCCUGUGGGUAGGACCAGGCCGCAGUGGCCUUUCUCCCCUCCUCCUCCUGCCGCUGCUGCUGCUGCUAUGCGUGGCGGUGGUGGGUUGGCGCCCGUGCUGCCUCUCUCUGUCAAGCGCACUCGAUCGCUGAGUGUUGUCGAGAUGACUCGCGAGCGCAACCGCUUCUUUGCAAGCUCUGCUGCCGCCGCCGCUGCUGCUGCUGGUGCUGCUGCUCCUCCUGCCUCCGCUGACAGCAGCAACAAGGCUGCGCCUAACACUACCGCCCCGUCUGGCAGCAAGGCGCCCACAACAGUCCCUAUUCCUGAGUGCCCCAAACCACGCGUGGUAUCAGCAGAGCGGGUGCAGCUGCACCGAGCAGCCAGUGACGUGCUCGCAGAGACCCUUCGCCUGCUUGGGUCCGCCGCUUCCCCGGCCUCCUCCGCCUCUCUGCCCGGCUCCCCUGUUUGCAGCCUGCCGGCACGGGGAAUGCAGCCUACGCGGCUGGGACGGAUGAAGCGUGGGAGUUCGGAAGCAGCAGGGGCAGCAGCAGGGGCAGCAGCAGGUGCAGCGGGAGGGGCAGCAGCUGGGGUGGAGGGAGAGGCAGUGGGACAAAGCAGCAGUGCAGUGGCAGCGGAAGAAGGGGCGGCAGCUGAGGGGAGUGCGGUGGUUGCAGGGGGGCCCGGUGGCAGGGGCGGUGUGGCACAGGAGCGACUGCUGGCACACGUGUCGGGAGCCUAUGAGGCACUGCUGCGAGACACGACACCCAAUGGCUCCCUGGUGGGGGAGUACCUGCUCUCAGCACUGCUCUCUCUCCUCCACUCCUCCUUUGGCUUUGUUGCCAGUGUGCUGCAUAACACCGACGGCACGCCCUACAUCAAGACGCACGCCAUCUCCAACAUAGCGUGGUCCCCCGGGCUGCAGCAGUGGCAUGCUCGGAACGCGCAGAGCGGGCUGGUGUUUGCCAACAUGAACACGCUCUUCGGCGCUCCCGUCACCUCGCGCCAGCCGGUCAUCUCCAACCACCCCGCCUCCGACCCUCGCUCCUCGGGCACUCCUCCUGGGCAUGCCCCUGUGCAUUGCUUCCUGGGAGUGCCGCUCCUUGUCGGUGCGUGCGUGCCCUGUUUGCACGCCCCCUGUGCACACUGA